GACAGACCGACCCAAAAGCGGAAGAGGGAGAAGAGAGUGUCUGAGACUCUGAAGAAUCAACGAGACACCCAAAGCUUUGAACCGAUCAACAACAGCUGCAGUAAUGGCUUCUUCUCUUUCUCUUUCUUCUUCUUCUUCUUCGCCGACCAAAAGAGCUUCUUCUUCAGAAAUCACUGAACCGGUUUGUCCCACUCCGACCUAUGCGGGUCCCAGUCUCCCUGCAGAUCUGAUCAUCAACAUCCUCUCAAGACUGUCCGUCAAGGUGCUCUGUAAGUUCAAGUCGGUUUCCAAACAGUGGCUUCAUCUUAUCACGGACACGUAUUUCAUUCUCUCACAUAGAAGUCGUUCACUGCAAAGCCCAAAUCUUCUUUUGCUCAGGAAAAAUUCAAAUGAUAGUGAAAUUGGAAAAUACCAGACUCAUAAAAAUUCAAGAAUCGAUAUUUGUUCUAUGGAUUUUGAUGGAAUACAUAAUUUUGAUUUUUCAUUCAUUGCGAAUGAUGAUAUUGACUUGUUGCCUUCAAAAUGGGACUUGAUAUGCUUUGCUGGUGAAAAUGGGUUUUAUGUAUGUAACCCAAGCACCCAAGAAAUAGUUGAAUUGCCUGAGGCUACUUGUUGUACUUCGGGGGACGUCAAUGCUGGCAUGGGGUAUAUUGUAGAGAAAAAUGAGUAUGUUUUGAUUCACUUGUUUGAUAGGAGUUUGGAUAUGAAUGUUGAUUGCGAUGUUGGUUGUGAAAUUUUGACAUUAACUGAUGGGUGUUGUGUAAAAGAUUGUUCUUGGAAGGUGGUUGGGGCAAGUUGUCCGUAUGUGGUUAGAGGGUGGGGAGUCUUGGUUGAGAAUGUGUUUUAUUGGAUGAUUUGGGACGAGUAUGAUCAUCCCGGGAAUGAAGCUAUUGUGUCUUUUGAUUUGGGGAAAGAAGAAUUUGGGACCAUUUCACCACCAGAUGGGUGUUUGGAUCCAAAUGGAUUGUGGUUUUUGGUGGAGUUGAGAGGGUGCUUGUGUUUGGUUGACAAUGCAUCGCGCCCAUCUGCUAUGGAUAUUUGGGUGUUGAAGGAUUAUGAGAAUCACAUGUGGGUGAAAGAGUAUAGCAUUGAUAUGAAUGGGUUUGAUGAUGGGCUGCUGAAGUGGAUCAUUCCUCUGGAUCAACGGGAUGGAGAAAUAUUGAUGGAUGAGAAGCAAGAGAGUCUUGACUACUAUGAUGUGGACAACAAAAGCUUCAAAAGAAUGAACAAUCUGAUAGCAGGCAAAUGGACUUGGCUGCGGAUUUACACUGAGAGCUUCUUCUCCCUUGGAUGUCGCUAGAUAUGAUAUUUUUCUAGAUGCCAUUACUUUUGGACCUCUGCAUCCAUCAUUUAUAUUUGUUUCUACCAUGAAUAGAUGGUUUGGCCAGCAUUUUAUUUUUGGCUCCCAGUAGAAAGAGUAAUAGUUUCAAAAUUCUAAUCAAACAAUGCACAUGUUUUCAAGUGAUGAUUUCAAAGAAUUGUUGUGAUACCGAUUGUUUUUGUGGUCUUUUGGUUCAACCUCAUAUUUUCUGGUUGAAGGUGGACAUUCAGAGUUAAUUUUGGGAAUUAAUUUGCAUUAUUGUUUGUCUUUGUUAUCUUUAAUAUAUGUGAUUUGGUUUUUACUUUUUCUGUUUAUGAAAAUUUCUAUGUAAC